AUGGAAAGCCACGGCAUCUCCCGCAGCGAGUACACCGCCCAGUCGCGCGACGAGCAGCUGCGUGCCCGGGAGCUCAAGAAGAUCACCGAGUACAACGGUCUCUGCGCCCAGGUGCUGGAAAGAAGAGCCGCCAACGACCUCACCCCCGCCGCCCUCGACCUCACCUCCCAGCUCCUCCGCCUCAACCCCGAAUUCUACACAAUCUGGAACUACCGCCGGCAGAUCCUGCUCCACACCUUCCUCGCCCCACCGCCCACCGGCACCCCUCCCUCCGCCGCCUACCACGAGGCCCUCACCGCGCACCUGCACAACGAGCUAACGUUCCUCCUCCCACUGCUCAAAACCCACCCCAAGUGCUACUGGCUCUGGAACCACCGCCUCUGGACCCUCCACCAGUCCAGCCCGCUCCCCAGCAACCCCUUCUGGUCCGCCGAGCUCACGCUCGCAACGCACCUGCUGCGCCGCGACGUCCGCAACUUCCACGGCUGGAUGUACCGGCGGCUGCUGGUGGCGCAGAUCGGCGGCUCGCUCACGGAGCAGGAGUUCGCGUACACGACGGCCAUGCUGCAGGGCGCCGGCGGCAUGUCGAACUACAGCGCGUGGCACCAGCGGUCUGUGCUGAUCCCGAGGCUGCUGGAGGAGCGCGGCGCGGGCGAGCAGGAGAGGAUGGACUUUUUGGAGGAUGAGCUUGUGCUGGUGAGGCGGUAUACGACCACGAACCCGUGGGAUAGUGCGGUGUGGUUUUAUCAUUGGUGGCUGGUGGGGAGUAGCGCGGUGGGGGAGGGGGGGGCGGUGGUGGUGGGGAUGGAGAGGGGGGUGAGGCUGUUGAUGGUGGGGGAGGAGGUGGAGGUUUUGCGGGGGUUGUUGGCGGAGCAGGGGGGGUGCAGGUUUGUGGUGAAGGCGCUGGUGGGGUGUGUGGGGUUGUUGUGGAGGGUGAGGAGGCAGCCGAGGGGGGAGGGGGAGGAGGAGGAUGAUGAGGAGGAAGAGGUGGAUGAGGAGAAGGAGAAGGUGGAGGUCAAGGGCUGGAUCGAGAAGUUGAUUGAGCUGGAUCCGAUGAGGGCGGGGAGGUAUCGGGAUCUGGAGAAGGAGCUGUGGGCUCUGCUGGUGUAG